CAGAACGUGCUGAGAAAUCUUGGCUGAGCACCGUGCAGGGGGGAAAGGAACAACAUUCUGGAUGGUCAUUUGCUUUACUGGAUGCAGGAUUUCUUUUGAUUGGUUGAAUCAGGAGAGAUGGCCAAACGCACCUUCUCCACAUUAGAGACAUUCCUGAUUUUCCUGCUCGUGAUGAUGACUGCUGUCACGGUAGCCCUUCUCAGCCUCCUGUUUAUCACCAGUGGGACCAUUGAAAAUCACAAAGAUUCAGGUGUUCCCACAAUCCAGAGCUCUACAACCACCCUGGGCUCCACAGCCACUCAAGGCUCAACACUCACCCAUGGCACAACAGCCACCCAGACACCGCCAGUGGUCACCACCCCAGAGCCUCCUCUCUUUCAGAACUUUAGUGGCUACCAUAUUGGUGUUGGGCGAGCUGACUGCACAGGACAAGUAGCAGAUAUCAACUUGAUGGGCUACAGUAAAACUGGCCAGAAUGCCCGGGGCAUCCUCACCAGGUUGUACAGUCGUGCUUUCGUCAUGGCGGAGCCCGAUGGGUCCAAUCGAGUGGUGUUUGUCAGCAUCGACAUAGGCAUGGUAUCCCAGCGACUCAGGCUGGAGGUCCUGAACAGACUACAGAAUAAGUAUGGCUCAUUGUACGGAAAAGACAAUGUCAUCCUAAGUGGCACCCACACUCACUCGGGGCCAGCGGGCUAUUUCCAGUAUACCGUGUUUGUCAUCGCCAGUGAAGGAUUCAGCAAUCGAACUUUUGAAUACAUGGUCACUGGCAUUGUGAAGAGCAUUGAGAUGGCGCACAAAAACAUGAAACCAGGCAAGAUCUUCAUCAACAAAGGAACUGUGGAAGGUGCACAGAUCAACCGAAGCCCCUAUUCUUACCUUCAGAAUCCGGAGUCAGAGCGAGCCAGGUAUUCUUCAAAUACUGACAAAGAAAUGGUCGUCCUAAAAAUGGAAGAUUUGGAUGGAGCUGAGCUGGGCCUUAUAAGCUGGUUUGCCAUUCACCCAGUCAGCAUGAACAACAGCAAUCACCUCGUCAAUAGUGACAACAUGGGCUAUGCAGCUUACCUUUUUGAGCAAGAGAAAAACAAAGAAUAUCUACCUGGAGAGGGACCAUAUGUGGCAGCCUUUGCUUCAUCAAACCUGGGAGACGUGUCCCCCAAUAUUCUUGGCCCACAUUGCGUCAACACUGGAGAGUCUUGUGAUAAUGCCAAUAGCUCUUGUCCCAUUGGUGGGUCCAGCAUGUGCAUGGCUACGGGACCCGGACUGGAUAUGUUCAACAGCACGCAGAUUAUAGGACGGAUCAUCUAUGAGAGAGCAAAGGAACUGUAUGCCUCUGCCUCCCAGGAGUUAACCGGACCACUUGCUGCGGCUCACCAGUGGGUGAAUAUGACGGAUGUCACCGUCUGGCUCAACUCCACGCACUCGGUAAAAACGUGUAAACCAGCCCUGGGCUACAGUUUUGCAGCCGGCACGAUUGAUGGAUUUGGGAGCUUCAAUUUUACGCAGGGGACAACAGUAGGGGAUCCAUUUUGGGACACUCUUCGGGAUCAACUCCUGGGCAAGCCAUCUGAAGAAAUCAAACAGUGUCAGAAACCAAAACCAAUCCUUCUUCACACUGGAGAGUUGACAAAACCUCACCCCUGGCACCCCGAUAUUGUUGAUGUUCAGAUGAUCACGAUUGGGUCCUUGGCCAUCACUGCCAUCCCUGGGGAGUUUACGACCAUGUCUGGACGAAGACUUCGAGAGGCAGUUCAAGCAGAAUUUGCAACGUAUGGGAUGCAGAAUAUGACCGUCGUUAUUUCGGGUCUGUGCAACGUGUAUACACAUUACAUUACCACCUUUGAAGAAUACCAGGUUCAGCGGUACGAGGCAGCGUCUACAAUUUAUGGACCACACACUCUGUCUGCUUACAUCCAGCUCUUCAGAGCCCUUGCUAAGGCCAUUGCUACGGACACAGUAGCCAACCUGAGCAGAGGUCCAGAGCCUCCAUUUUUCAAACAACUGAUAGCCUCACUAAUUCCAAAUAUUGUGGAUAGAGCGCCAAUAGGCAAAACUUUUGGGGAUGUUCUGCAGCCUGCGAAACCUACAUACAGAGUGGGAGAAGUUGCCGAAGUGACGUUUGUAGGCGCUAACCCGAAGAAUUCAGCAGAAAACCAGACCCAUCGGACCUUCCUCACUGUCGAGAAAUACGAGGCCACAUCAGCAACAUGGCAGAUAGUGCAUAAUGACGCCUCCUGGGAGACUCGUUUCUAUUGGUACAAGGGAUUGCUGGGUCACAGCAAUGCAACGAUACAAUGGCAUAUUCCAGAUACUGCCCAGCCUGGAAUCUACAGAAUAAGAUACUUCGGACACAAUCGGAAGCAAGACUUUCUCAAGCCAGCGGUCACACUUCCAUUUGAAAGCACUUCCUCUGCCUUUGAAGUAGUAACUACUUAAUGACAAAUUGAUAAUUCAUUUAAAGAGCAGCUAUACUCUAUAAUUUAUAAAAAUGAUUUCAUAUGAAUGUAAAUGAUGACGGUGACCUCUAUGAUUGUCCCUGUUUGGGGACAGAUAGUUGACUGCAAAUGGGACAGAAAGGUGUGUGUGUGUGUGUGUGUGUGUGUGUCCCAUUCAUCUGGCACUAGCAGCUUUACACCUGGUGCUUCUAGAACCUAAUGCAUGAGUUCCCUCCAGGCCUUGCUGUUGUUUGAAGGAACAUUUCCCCUCAAUAUGAAGCCUCUGAAAAGUGAGUGAGAGUGGUUGAAGGUGUGUGAACAAUGGUAAAACUAUUUAUUUAUAGAGUUAUUGAAUGUUAGUGCUGGGAAAGUUUAGAGAUUGUGUACUUCGCUUCUUUAUUUUGCCGAUGGGAGCAAUGAAGUUUCAUGGAUUUAAGAUUAAUGAAGGCUACGGGACCUUCCCCUGCUGCAUCACUUAAAAAUAUAUUAUAUACACAUUGACCAUUAACGUAUCAGCCCAAUUAGAGAAAAUGACUGUGGAAAUUAAUAUGCCAGCUUCUCUGUAUUGAGAAGCAACCACCGUGGAGGCUACGUGCGUGAUCCAGAGCCGUUCACGCUGGUAAAUUACUGCUGACAUUGCCUUCGGAGGCCAAUUACAAGAAAGUCAGACUUUUAAUAUUUUGAUCAAGUCUUGUGUUUCCCUAAGUGCCCUUAACCCUCCGAAUUGUGUUUCCUAUUCCCAAGACUGGUUCUGAGUGAUUUUGACUAUUUUCAAUGAUUGCAUUCACUCCCAAAACACAAGCUUUGCCAUUAGUGUAGAUAUUAAAAUGAAAUGUUACUGGAUUGGAAGGGGAUCCUCAAAGAGCAAACUCUAAAUUCACUUAUCUGUUCUUUUAUCGGUCACUUACUUGUGGACUCGUUCAAUCACAGAAUAUUUAUCCAGACCUGUGUACCCAGCAUCGUGCUAGCACCUGGCCUUGAUAAUUACCGUGAUCAUAUUUGGGAUGAACGUGUAAGAAUCAAAAGGGGACUAUUCUGAAGGAGAAAAUUCAGUAUAUAAAUUCAGUAUACUCAGUUCAGUAUAUAAACUCUAGAAGGCAUUUAAAAGGCAGUAAUCUUCAAGUUCUAGCUCACAUAUAUAAUCUGUGUCGGGUGCUCCCAUAUGGGGGGAAAGAGGCUCCAGAUACUUUGGAAAAAGUUGUUUUCAUAGUUAUUUGGGGGCCUUAUGACCUACCCUGCCCAAUGUCUGGAAGAAUGAGAUACGGCAGUCGAACAUUGAUUGCCCAGAAGUACCGAUUCCAUUUAAAAUGAUCCAAGUUAAUGAGGAGCUAGCUCCUAGGCUACCAAGUAAAUUUCCAAAAACCAAGUCAUGCUUUUCUUGUAUGUAUAUAAAAGCAUUAGCAUUUGAGGGAAAAAAAAUCAACCUUUAUUUCAAAAACAAACUUGAAGUCUUGAAAACGGUAAUGAUACUGAGCACAACAAUACCAGCACUCAUUUAUGUGUGACUGAACAUGCUUUAUCACAUUGGAACGGACCUGGAACACUUUUUGAUGGACCAGGGUUCUGGUUCUGGGGCGUUAACUGCUGGAGAAUUAGCUAAGCAGGAUUCCAAAGAGUAGUGAUCAUUUUUCCUAAGGACACAGUGUUUAGUCUAACAAUUCAGAGGCUUCAGAAGAGGAGAGAAUUCUGAAAGUAGUUGGCCUUAAAUUCUAUUAGAACUGAUGAUAAGACUUUAAAAAGUAUUUUGCAUGAUUCAAAAGAGUUUUUGAAUUAUUUUUCACUACCUCCAUGCCCCCCACUGAUGUUCUUCAGUGGGCCUGUGAUUCCCUGUUGUUUACUUGCAACUGUGCCAAGCCAGACAAAGCAUUGCCUUGGUGCUAUCCUUCUGCACCAGCUCUCUACCCACCGGUACUCCUGGCCCCAAAUCACCCACAGAAGCAUGUGUGCCCCCUCGCUGCUAUCUCUUCCAACCCAUGCAGUUGCAUAUCUGCAGUUUGUAUGACAAUAAGGCCAGAUCCUGCAUGAUAGAAACCAUAGCUAGCCACUCAUGCUUUAAGGAACACCAGAGGGAGGCAGAUCUGACCUGUUAAUAUACAAACCUAGAUCCAAGCUGUGUUUGGGGCUGCUGCUGGGAGUGGCUCAUUGGAGCCAAACCAUGUGGAGAAAGCUACUGAAAUUGCAGGAGGAUAUGGGGGCAAGGAGUUUGGUUGGUGGGAGGACACUUCUGCAGAAGGUCUUGUGUUUCAUGUCAAAGUGUCUGGUGUUCUGUUUGUUGUCCUCUGUCCACUCUGGUUUUAAGGAUGCUGUGACUUCGUCAGAAAGUACUGAACGAUCCCUCUGUAUUUUUUCAAUGAGUAUUAUGUAAAAUUGCUAAUACAAAAUAUAAUAUUUAAUAAAUUAGUGAGUACAAUCGGGAA